GUGACUCGUUGCGCCCUAGUCGACCAUCUCGCUUCCCCCUUCCCCGCCUCCUCUCGAGUUCACCUGCCACCCGCCCGCCGCCGCCGCCGCCGCCGCCGCCGAGCAGCUACUGGUGCCGGCCGCCGUCCUCCUGCUUCCGCCGCCGGGAUUUCAGAUGGAGAACCGAGAUCAGGAGGAGCCCGGCAGCGGCAGCGGCAGCGGAAGCGUGAUGUGCCAGCUCGUCAAUCCCGAGGGAGACCACCUCGGCGCCGCCCUCUACCUGCCGCAGAACGUCGGCCCGCCGCAGCUUCAGGAGAUCGUCAACCAUCUUCUCCACAACGAGGACAAGUUGCCCUAUGCAUUCUACAUCGGAGAUGAAGAGCUAUCUGUCCAGCUUGGUGCUUACAUGCAGCAAAAAAAUGCAAAUGUUGAGGUCACCCUGCGCAUAGUAUAUCAACCACAAGCAGUUUUCCGCAUCAGGCCAGUCAACCGAUGCUCUGCUACAAUUGCUGGCCAUACAGAAGCCGUAUUAGCUGUCUCUUUCAGCCCUGAUGGAAGAUGUUUGGCUAGUGGUUCAGGUGACACCACUGUUCGGUUUUGGGAUCUGAACACGCAGACCCCAUUGUUCACAUGCAAAGGCCACAAAAACUGGGUGCUCUGCAUUGCAUGGUCACCUGAUGGGAACCAUCUUGUUAGUGGAAGCAAGUCAGGGGAGCUUAUAUUAUGGGACCCAAAAACAGGCAAACAAUUGGGCACUCCACUUACGGGGCAUAGAAAAUGGAUUACUGCUGUAUCUUGGGAGCCAGUUCAUUUGCAAGCUCCCUGCCGCCGUUUUGUAAGUGCAAGUAAGGAUGGUGACGCACGUAUUUGGGAUAUUACCACAAGGAAGUGCGUUAUUGCCCUUACAGGUCACACUAAUUCGGUGACCUGUGUCAAGUGGGGUGGAGACGGUUUGAUUUACACUGGUUCUGAAGAUUGCUUAAUCAAAGUCUGGGAAACUUCUCAGGGAAAGUUGGUCAAAACACUGCAGGGUCAUGGGCACUGGGUCAAUUCACUUGCUUUGAGCACCGAGUAUAUUUUGCGCACUGGGGCUUAUGACCAUACUGGCAAAACAUAUUCAACUGCAGAUGAAAUGAAGGAGGCAGCCCUUGCAAGAUACAAGAAGAUGAGGGGCAAUGCGCCUGAGAGACUAGUAUCAGGUUCUGAUGAUUUUACUAUGUUUCUCUGGGAACCAACAAUUAGUAAACAGCCCAAAGCUCGCAUGACUGGUCAUCAAAAGCUCGUAAACCAUGUCUACUUCUCUCCUGAUGGGCAGUGGUUGGCCAGUGCCUCCUUUGACAAAUCUGUCAAGUUAUGGAACGGUAUUACAGGCAAAUUCGUUGCAGCUUUCAGAGGACAUGUUGCAGAUGUCUACCAGAUCAGCUGGUCUGCCGACAGUAGGCUUCUACUCAGUGGAAGCAAGGAUUCCACCCUAAAGGUUUGGGAUAUUCGAACACACAAGUUGAAACAGGACUUGCCAGGCCACGCAGAUGAGGUGUAUGCUGUGGAUUGGAGCCCUGACGGUGAGAAGGUUGCAUCUGGUGGGAAAGACAGGGUCCUCAAGCUUUGGAUGAACUAGGGCCGGCUGAUUCUUCUGACCACCCGUUAAGCUUGUUCUCAUGGUGGCACUAAACAUUGAACUCAUCAAUCGGUCACAAAGUCGGAAGCUGGGAGUAGAUCAUGGCGGUUAACUUGCAAGGUUGUUCAAGAGGAGAUUGAUUACCUAGGAAGGACAUACAUUCAAACCAUACUCCAUGAAGUCAACAUGCAAUUCCCAAUUUGUUGGAGCAAUCACAACCGAUUUCAGUUCAAUGAUUUGAAGGGAUGUGAGCGCCAUGGAAAUGCAAGUUCUUCCCAUGGCUGGCCACCCAAAAUAGGAUUUACUUACAUCGGUCAGGCUAGCUGUUAGAGACUUUUUAGAGGCCAUAUCACCGAACAUGCAAAGGAAAACCACCAUGAUCAGCAAACAGUUGUUCCUGUCCUCACAUCCUGCAGUCUGCAGAUAGUCUGGGUUUGGGCAUAUGUAAUCAUAGGAUGAGUCUCCUUUGCUGUAUUGCGAUCUGACACGGGUCACUGACAUAUGGGCCCAUUGGUUUUGGGGAUAUAUGUCAGCCACUGAAAGUUAGAGGAUCUGAUUCCAUAAUCAUAUGAUCGGUGUAUGGUAUAACUAAA